CCUCCCCGUCCCUCCCCUCCCCGCCCCGACAGCUCCCCCUACCGGACCGGACCAUCAACCGAGGAGUCUUCGGAGCUAACAAGUAAAGAAAGAGGGUUCUUCACCUGUAUGACCAGUGGCAACUGAUGGCCCAGAUAGAGUUUGAGCUGGCAUGUGCAGAAGCCAAGCAGCUGAUAGGCCACUUGAGUGACGAGGAGAAGCUGGUGGUGUACAGCUACUACAAGCAGGCCACCGCUGGGGACAUCAACAUCCCCUGCCCAGAGAUCACCGACUUCAAAGCCAAAGCCAAGUGGGGAGCUUGGAAUUGCCGCAAAGGGAUGUCCAAGCUGGAUGCCAUGAAGAUCUAUGUGUCCAAAGUGGAAGAGCUGAAGAACAGACCUCCUUGCCCAGAGGGGGGAAAGCAACAGCUUAGAACUGAAGAUACAGAGGAGGAGGACUGAAUUCCUUUGAGACCAUAGGAACCUAGUUAGGAACUAACUAAUAAAUCGCUUCAAAAGGCC